AUAUUUAAAUCAAAACCAAGGUCCAAAACCUCCACAUCCUUGUUUUUUUCUCCUCAGAAAAGGCAUUUAGAUUCAGUGAAACGCAGCUCAGAGUUAUACUGAAAGAUGUUCAGUGGCAAAGGUGAGCUUCACCAAAAGACAGUGCUGGAGAUGAAGCAAGAUGACAAGUUCUUCAGCAGGCUUCUCUCAAAGGAAAAUUCAAUGUCGAAACCCUCUUUCAGAAUGGCUGUUGCAGUUCCCUUUGUGUGGGAGUCUCAACCUGGCACCCCCAAACACACUUUCUCUGAAAACACUCUCCCUCCUCUCACUCCUCCACCUUCCUACUAUGCCAACUCCACCCACAAAAACAACACACUCAAGAAACGCUCAAGAUCCAAUCUUUUCCUAGCACUCUUCCCAAAGCUAAAUCUCAAGAAAACCCUUCUCUCACCCUCUUCAUCUUCUUCUCUAUCUUCUCCAUCGCCCUCUCUGUGGUCACCCUCAGAUUCUUCCAAAGUUGUCCCUGUCGGGAAGCAUGCCAGGAGGCGUUUCUUAAGCUUUGGUUCAUCUUUUGACUUCCGGGGAGAGGAUGAAGAAGAGGGUGCCUCUUCACCCACUUCAACACUUUGCUUCGGCCUUUCUCGUUCCACAAGCACUUUGGCCAGCUUCCGAGGCUCAAGCAGGAGGUCAUGAAUUUUAUUGUAAUUAAGCCUUUAGUUUUCACACUCAGUGGCCAAGGUGCUGUGUUUCUGGUUACAGUUUUAUGUGUAAAUGUUUUUUUGCUCUGCUCUUCUUUCUCUUCAUGCAUGUUUAAGAGCAACCAAUUUUUUAGGAUAGAAUCGUUCUUAAGUCGUUUUCUUUCAAAUAAAAGCUUUUCUUCUAAGGUGUA